GCAACAACCGUGCAGCCAUCUUACACAACCUCAGCUGAAGGAACAUGCGCAAAGGCACAAGAGAUUGCGCAUAAUGGACGCUGAAAUGGAGGCCCCGUAGAACCGAAGGCGGGACCUACACGCUUUGUACUUUCAUCUGAUUGGUUUAAGUGGUGGUUGUCGCGAAAUAUCCCGGGCUUCUGCACAUUGUUUGGGGAUGUGUUGGGUGUUGUGUGGAAGAAACUAACGGCAAUUUAUCAACGAUUCUGUUAUUUUAACAUUUCACGCAACUCCUUCAACAAGGACUUGGGUACGUAUAUAUGUAGUAGUGCUCUUCGCUGUCUUGCGAGGUGCCUUGGUACGUCGGGAGCAAGGAAACAACCCCUUUCCUCAGAAGGACGAGAACCACAAGAGUCGACACUGCAAGUAUCAAGAUGACCCUGCUGAAGUGGAUGUUGAAGCUCUAAAUAUAUACAGCAUGUUCUUCAUACUGGUGAAUUGCAGCCCUUCCACUGAUGGUCUCUGCAAUUUCAUAAAUUAUCUUGCAGAGUCUCCUGACUGUAAUGCAGUGACUCAUGGGCAGAAUUCAGAGAUUCAGAAUUCAUCUGAGUGAAAGAUUUUGAGCAAAUCAGAUGACCAAUUUGGACACAUGGAUCAUUUUAUUGAAGAUGAUCUUUCAAGUAUGAUGGAUUCUGUAAUUCCUUCAUCAGAAUUGAACUGUAUGAAUUCAGUAGCAAAUUCUGUGCAAGACACAAACUACGAAACGAGCCAUGAUGGGGAAAACCAUAUUAUGCCUGAGCAAAUUACUUUUUCAAAAACUGAACCACUUGUGUUUGAUAAACCAUUGUAUGGGUCAACACUAGAUCCUGCUUUAUUGACUGUAUCUAGUCUUGAGGAUUACUCAGAUAUUAGCAGCUGUUCUGAAGCAGACUUUGGUCACCUUUUGAAUGCCUUGGAAAAAAACCCCGACCAGUCUUCGGAACUUCCAGAUGCAGGAAAUUCAAGGGAUAAAAAUGAAUUGGAAAUAGAGGCAGCAAGUGACCAUGCUACAGAAAAGCAAAAUGAUGUGUGUAGAGCUUCCGAGACAGAGGUUGAAGGACGAGGUGGCAGUCUUGAUAAUGUAAUAGAUGGUGAUGACCGAGAAAAAAGGAACCUCUUGAAUAUUGAAUUUCAGUGCUCAGAUCCCAAGACCACAGAAGGUGAAAAUGGGUACCCUUUGAAAACUGAGGAGCAAACAAAAGGAGGAUUUCUUUUCCAGACCUCAAACUGUGGUGUUACUGAAAGUAGUGAGAUUUGCAAAGACACUACACAAAUAAGUUCUGUUUGUGCUUUGGAUAUAAAUGGUGCACAUCCGAGUACAGAAGAUGGCAAGGAGAAUACCAAUAGCAAUGAAAAUAUAGGUGUACAAAAUGAUUGCCACUUAAAAGGGAACACCACUUGUGAGGCCAAAAACAAUACUCCAGAAUAUAAAUUUAAACAUGAUGUUAAAAACACUGCUCAUGGUAAUGAACCGGAGUAUAACAGGACAAAGAACAGUGAAGAGGUUGAACACAGCAGUUUUGAAUUCUUACAGUCAUGUUUUGGUUUUACCAGUCUGGGCAGUACAAAAUCGGCCCCAGAUGCUGCAAAUGUUUUACUGUCUGAGAAUAUGACUCAGGAUUCCCAGAAUUGUGAAGUUAAUCAUUCACAACCGCCUGUUCUUGUAAGUGCCACACUUGAAUCUGUAACCGGAGCUCAGAUAAAAGAGGCAUCAGAUAAUGGUCUGCUGGAACCCACUAUACAAAGAACCUGCAGGAGCACUUCUGUGUCUCAGGAUCCUGGACAACAAAGUGAGCCUUUAGAAGACCAAUUCAUUAAGGGCUUAGCCAGAAUCGAAAGUACCCAUGACACUGGAAUUAUAAUCAGUGCUUCCUUGCUGUCCUCCAAGAAGUUCAUGAGAAAACUACAGCCUGUUGUUCUUGUAAAGACAACCAAGCAUAAUGCUAAAGAUGGAAAAAUGUACAUUUGUUCUGUGUGCCAGAAGAACUGGCAGGAUUUGGAUGAACUUAUUGAACAUCACCAUUGUGAACAUUUUGAGCAUGCAUUUCAGUAUUGCCUCACCUGUGGAGCCUAUAUUUCUACUGGAACAUUGGCAGAACAUUUGUGUAAACAAAAAGAUAUGCAACUGUCUACAGUAUUGUCAUCUACCAAACAACUUACAGAGAAGCUUAAUGCGAAAUACCUAUGUAAGUACUGCGAAAAACCGUUCAUUAAAGUAUCUUACCAUCAAGAUCACGAGCAAAGGCACAGAAAUGUAACACAGCAUAGGUGUAUUUGUUGUGGCUUAUACUUCAGUAAUGCUAAAAAACUUCUUACACACAAACAAAAGGUCAAAUGCUCUCCUUUGAUACGAGAACCCAAUAAACAGAGAAAAGUUUCAGAAAAGGUCCCAAAAGAUCAAACUAAACCGACUUUUACGAUUCACGAUUGUUUUGUGAAACUUGUAGACAUAAACAAGGACAGGCCAUCUCCACAAAAAAUAGAUUGCUCUAUUUGUGGAAAAAGUUUCAAACUCCGAGCACAACUGAAGGUACACCUUAGGUCACACACCAGUGGAAAUCCUUUUAAGUGUACAAAGUGUAAGAAGGUUUUUAAGUAUUCCUGGAAUCUUGACAAACAUCAUAAGGAGCUAUGUUCUGGAAAUGCCACAAAGCAACGUAUUACUGACCCAUCUAUUAGAGGUAGAUUUAUUAGUGGGUUUGCUUGUCCCAUUUGUCCACGGAUCUUUAGGUACUCCUACAACCGAACUAGACACAUGCGACAGCAGUGUUUGAAAGAAUAUAUGCGAAAAGGAAAAGGAAAAGUGGGAAAUAGGUAUAAAUGCCCUAUGUGCGACGAAACAUUUUCCAUGUCUUGUAAUCGGAAUAGGCAUAUUAAAAACAGAUGCUUUGAGCAAUAUAAACUACUGAGAAUAAGAUGCAAAACAAAACUGGUAGAGGAAAAUAUCAAAGAGGAAAAAGAGGAAAAGCAAGUGCUGCCAACCGAGAAUUUGUCAAGUUUUAAAUGUAAAGUGUGCUCUGCUUCAUUUGCGCACAAAUCUGGAGUCUAUAGGCAUAUGAAGAAACACUCACUGCUUCAGCGUUCUACAGCACAAGUGGGAAAACAUGACUGCCCUACUAAUGUGAAAGAACCAGACUCAAACAAUGAAGCACCUCAAAACCAAGAGUGUUCAAGCCCAAAUUCUUCUGAUAUGGUCACUAGUCCCCCUAUCCUUUGCAGUUUCUGUGAUAAAAGCUUCAUUUCAAGCGAGUCAUUGAAGAAUCAUCUGCAGCUACAUGUGGGAAAGAAACCCUUCCGCUGCUUGGAGUGUGGAAAAAGUUUCAUACGACGUGGACACUUAAUAACUCACAAAAAUAUCCACAAGCGAAGGAUACAGUGUUCUGUCUGUAAAAAAAUUGUGCCUACUAUUGCCGAUUUGUUGAAACAUAGACAGUCCCACAUAACAAAGGGCAUGCUUCAGUGCCCUGAUUGCCCAAAGCAAUUCAAGUUUCCUGUGUACUUGCUCCGACAUGUUGCAACUCAUGCAAAGAAAGAACGCAUGCUGAAGUCCCCGACCAAAAAGUCUGCAGAUGAACAUGUGAAAGAAAUAGGGAGUAAUAAGGAGCCCUUUAUUUGUGGAAUAUGUCAAAAGGCAUUUGUUGAUUCUGAAGCAAUCAGUGAGCACUGUUUAAGUCACCUUCCAAAACCUUCUGUUUCCAAGUGCCCAGUUUGCAAACACAAUUUCACAAGUCGAGCUACGCUGAUUCGGCAUUUCCGUCUGCACACUGGUGAAAAACCUUUUCCCUGCAAGAUCUGUGGAAAGCAUUUUAAGCGGAAGGAACCUCUCGCACUUCAUGCAGUGAAAUGCAAGGGACCAAAGGAAAAACCUAUCUCUACAUUAACCACCGCUCAAACACAACAGAAAUGUGAAGUAACAGCGGUGUCGAAGUCAGGAAAAGUUCCAAAACAAUUUAGAUGCUCAUACUGCCCACACAUUUUUGCCAGGUCAAGUUAUUUGAAGAUGCAUGAAAAUGCUCACUUGGCUAACAAUCUUGUAUCAUGUUAUAAGUGUGGGAAAUAUUACAAAAAGAAUAAGAUCUAUGGACAUCGGAAACGCUGCACCGCCAAGGAAUCCAGUUCAGGAGAGGCAUCCAAAAGUGAACAAUCUGGAAUUGCACACGAGAGUAAAUGUACUAAUUUAGUUGUUCCAAACAGAACAUGUAGAAUACCGAAAGAUAUAGGGACAAACAACAAGGAUCGUUUAAAGGAGCGAUGCCCACAUUGUCCUAAACGUUUCCAGUACAGGUCUAUCUUACUAAGACAUCUUCAUUCUCACUUGGGAAAACAGCAAUUUGCAUGUACCCAUUGUAAUCAGAAAUAUAGCAAUAAGAGCUCCUGUCAACAGCAUGAGGCCUUGUGUGAUGGCGUAUUGAGGCAACAUGAAGCAAAAAGCCUGAAUGAAUCUGAAGAAACCAAACAUAUUCCAGAUUUGCAGAGUGCAUCCAGUCUAAAGCAAUGCACAGUAAUCAUUGGCAAAAAUGGUGAAGAGUUGAAGUGCAAUUUUUGCACAAAAACUUUUACAAAAGCUAGAAAUCUCAGACGGCACAUUCUUACUCACACAGAAGUCAAGCCCUAUCGUUGUAAAACGUGUGAAAAUUGUUUUUCUCGAUAUGAUCACCUGAAGUAUCACCAGAAUCGAUGUAGAGGCAAAAAGCAACAACUUGAUGUGAAUCUUGAACAGAAAGCCCAUCAUGCUGGCUCUCAAGCCAAGAAACAGACACAGAGUGAUGUGUUUGAAUGCAGCUCUUGUUCAAAGAUGUUCUCUUCGCACACCAACUUAACAAGGCACUUUUCCAUGCUACAUUCUACUUUCAAACCAUUUUCUUGUAAAAGAUGUGGUAGUGAAUUUACCUCUCAGGACAGCCUGAAGAGACACAGCGUCAGGGGGAAUUGUAGGAUGUCCUUAGCAGAGUGUGGGGAACAAGGGAAAAUGCCAACAGCAUCAAAUACUCAAGUGCAACCUUGCAGAGAAACAUCCAAACUCAUGCAACGUAUAGAGGGGCACUUCUCCAAUAAAUGGAAGUUCCUGUGUGAGUACUGUCCACGACGCUUUAAAACCCAAACGCAAUUAAAAAUGCAUACCCGUCUUCAUACAGGGGAAAAGCCAUUUGGUUGUGCCAGCUGUGAUGAACGUUUCAUCAGAAGAGACUAUUUAAAGCGGCAUUUGACUAAAUGUAGUGGGAAAAGACAAGGUCCUAAGGUGCUUUGUGACAAAUGUGGGGGAUUGUUUACACAAGAAGCUCUUGAACAGCAUCAAAAAAACUGUAUCAUCAGCCUAAAAUCUACAGACUGCCCUGUAAAUGUAAGCAGUAUUUCCAGCCAUUCAAAGGUCAAGGCAUUUUCCUGUGUCAGCUGUAAUGAACACUUUUUGCUGUUCUCCCAGCUUCAGCAGCAUAUUUUAACAAAACACGUAUCUGAUGGACUACAGCCGUCAGGUAUUCCCGAGUAUGAGACAUUAUCAAGUAAUUUGCCCAUUAAGGAGGAACCAGUAGAUGAUGAUGAUUGUGCUGAAAACUUGCAGGACAGCUCUCAAAUAUAUGCUAACAGUGGGUCUGAAAAUACUGCUUGUGCAAGGGAGAAACCAUUUGAGUGUGAGCAAUGUAACAUGAGGUUUAUAAACAACGGUGGGCUUGGUAUGCAUAUGCGCAUUCAUACAACAAUAUACCCACUUUCUUGCCAAAAAUGCAACAAGGGGUUUUGGAGCAAAAAUGUACAACAGAAACACAUGAGAAAAUGUAAGGGUUUAAAAGACUCAAGAAAUGAAUCUAGCACAAUUGAUGCGGUUUCAUCGGAAUUGGAGUGUACUCCUAAUGACGAAGUCCUAGUCUUUAAUGAAGGCUCAAACACAACAGGAACUGGUGUGCUCCAGACAAAGUUUUCAUGCAAAGACCAGGAUAAAGGAAAUGCGGACAAAGAAGAUGCAGUUGUUCACAAAUAUCAGUGCUCUGAAUGUGAGCAAAGUUUUACAGACGGGCUUAUGCUUAUAAGUCAUCUUGAGGCUCAUGGACGUGAAGAUCAGGAGCGUAGAUUAGGGAAAAGCCACCGCUGUCACAUUUGUGGUAAGAUCUUUGAUCAUGCAGGCAUGCUGCAAAGACAUGUGAAAACCCAGCAUCCGGAAACGGUUAAGAAUACCUGCCCAGAAUGCUUUAAAAGUUUUCGCUUUCCCUCUGAUUUGGACAUACACAGAUCUUGCCAUGACCCUAAUCGGCCUUUUGUUUGUGAAACAUGUGAUUUGAGGUUUUGGACUUCUAAAUCCUUGAGUACUCACCAAAGGCUGACUCACUCAGAUGGUGAACCCCUCAAAACAGUCAAGCCUAUUAUGAAACCAGAAGGGUUGUCUUCUAAAUUAUUUACUUGCUAUCCCUGUAAUAAAGUUUACACUAUCAGAAGAUCUUAUAUGAAACACUGCAGGGCUAAACAUAAGGGGCGUUCAGAAAGCCUUGGUGAUGUUAAAAAUGCUACCACUGAACCUCAGUUGAACAACAACGAAUCAGAUGGAAGUGAUGCAGACGAUAAAGAUGUUAGCGAUGAUGACUCUGACUCUGCCCCUUAUUUUCCUUGUCAUGUCUGUGGUAAAACAUUCCUGACAUCAGAAGGUCUUGAGGAUCAUCAAAGAUGCCAUCUUGGGGAAAAGCCCUAUGAAUGUGAAGAAUGUGGCAAAUGCUUUAUUCAGCUUGUAAACUUACAGCAGCAUCAGCGCAGUCACAAAUCUGAAUUUCAGUGUCAAAUGUGUGGUAAAGGUUUUGUUUCACUCUUUGCAUUGCGCAAACAUAAGCACACUCAUGUUCGAAAACAUCCCCAUCGAUGCACAAAAUGUAGCUUGAGUUUCACGCGAUCUUCACAGCUGACUGAACACAUGACCACGCAUCGUGAGGAAAAUUUUCCUUGUGACCUUUGCCACAAAAACUUUUCCUGCAAAUCGAGCCGAGCCGAACACCGGAAAAUCCACACGGAGGCAGACGAAGAGCUUCCUCCUUUAAUUCCUCCAGCAAAGCAAAUAUCUCCACCAGUGUCAAUCAGCCCUUCAUUAAGUACUGUUCAGCAAUACAACUAUUGCUGUGAAAUUUGUCAUGUGCGAUUUCCAGAUCCUGAGCAGCUCUCAGAGCAUGGCUGUAGUCCAGCAAAAGAACGCCCAUACUCGUGUAAAGACUGUAACAAGCAUUUCUUGCAUGGUUCUCAUCUUAAAAAACAUCAGCUCACUCAUCAGUUAUCUGGAACUCGGUCCUUUCAGUGUAAUAGUUGUCACAUGAGCUUUAGUCACCGCCAUCACUUUCUGACCCAUUUGCAAAUACAUGGUGGUGAGGAGCCUUCCAAAUCUCAAGUUGAUAAAGUGAAAAUAUUGAACACAGAUGAUUCAAAUCAGAACAAAAUUUACAGAUGCCCGAUAUGUCCUGAGAGUUUCUCUCAAGUGUUGGAGCUGGCAAAUCACCUAUCUGUACAUGCAAAUAUGUGCAAUGUUUGUAACAAGACAUUUUCAACUAAGCAACAACUUGAGAAACACGAACAGAGCCAUUUGUCUGCAGCUACACAGUAUGAGUGCACAGAAUGUGGAAAGAGCUUCCUUGGAAGUGAUGCCUUCCGCCAACAUUAUUGUGUUCACCAAAAACAUCUUUCAUGUUCAUCCUUGUCAACCACUGAUAGAAAGAGAUGUGUAGAAAAUUCUUUUGAUGUACUCACUAAUAACGAAGAAGAGGAGGAGGUUGAUGUUGGAGAAGACUUUUAUAAUUGCCCUACCUGCAACAAACGAUUUCCUUCCAACACCGCUUUAAAGGAGCAUCAAAAGUUACACGUAUUUGACCGUCCUUUCAAGUGUCUGGUUUGUGGAAAAAGCUUUGCUAAAAAAAAGUAUCUUACACAGCAUCAGCAAAAACACAACGAGCAGCCAUAUCAAUGUGAUUUGUGCACCUCUUCCUUCAAAACAGAACAGUCACUUUUGUCCCACCGUAAAACCCAUGAUGCAGAUCGUAAUUACCGCUGCUCAAUUUGUGACAAAUCAUAUAGAACACCAUAUGAUCUUUCAAGGCAUGAACAGAAGCAUCCUGAAUUGCAAAAGUUUACCAAAGUAAGCGGUGACCACAGAUGUGAUAUGUGCUAUAAAUCUUUCAGCCUGCUUUCUCAACUGAGACAGCACCAGGAAACUCACGUCGGGCAAGUUGUUUAUGAAUGCACGGAGUGCGACAAAGCAUUUGCUUUUCUACAUCUUUUAGAAGAACAUCAGCAAACUCAUGGGACUUCAACAGAUACUUUCCAAUCUCAGUCACCAUCUGAAAUUCUCUUUCAAAGUCCAGUUAUUGAGUAAAGUGUACUAUAAAGUAUUUCCUGCAAUGCAGGUGAUUCUUAGUCAUUCAAUUUUCUGAACACAUUCAAACUGUAUAGAUUCUUCUCAUGUUAUGGGUACAUGCUAUUCCAUUUUAAGUCAUGUGCUUCUUUUCCUAGGUUUUUUUUAUUAUAGUGUUCUGAUAUGUACAUAUACAAGCAGGUUGUUUUUACUGCUGCAAUUCAGAGGACUACCUACUGAACUUCUAGUGUUUAUAGAGAACUCCAGAUAAAUUUGUUACUGUACUAAAAUUAAGAAGUGGGAUAAAAUUUGCAUGCAUGACAUGCUGUGUAAAUAUAACAUCACUACAAAAUAGCGUUAUAAUUGGGUUUAUACAGCAGAAUUAAAUAUCCAUCCAAAAACUGUUGACUUAAUUUUUUUGGUAUUUAUUCAAAUGUUUUUUGUUAAUUCGCAGACCCAAGUUGUUUGAAUUCAUUUUAUUUUAUAGUAAUUUUCUCAUGCCCUAAUAACUGGUUUUACAUGUAACAAACAUGAAAUUGAUAGGAUUGUUAGGGUUGUAUAUACGCCUUUGUAUGUUUAAAUGUGAUUCUUGGUAUCUACUGUUUUCUUAGGAACAUUUUAUUCUAUUUUGUUCAUAACUGUUAAUCUUCUAUUUGCUUAUCAGGUGGUUAAGAACACCUACCAAGCACUUCAUGACAUGGUGUAGUUACAACAUGGCAAGUGACUACAUGUUUGUGUGUGUUUUUAUAUAUAUAUCCAAAUGUAACUUUCUUUUUCUUUUCUUUUUUUAUAUUUUAAACAAUUUUUAGACCGUUAUGGGUGUAUUCAAAUUUCAGUUGUGGAUAAUAAAGCCAUUUGAAUAUA